AUGGCGUCUACAGACGUGAAAAAAGUGCUACAGCUGAAACAUCAGCUAAAAGAGUGCACCGAGGGAACCACGCUGCUAAAAACUUUAAAAAAGCUUCAAGAACUGGACAUUACCCUUGAUAUUCUGGCUGAGACUGGAAUUGGUAAAGUUGUGAACUCCUUUCGCAAGCAUGAUGAUGCCGGUGAAAUUGCUAAAUCGUUAGUACAUCAAUGGAAAAAACUGGUUCCGAAAGAUCCCUCAUGUAGUGUGCAGCCUCACCCUCCCUCGCUAAAGGAACCAGCAAAGCCAGAAAGUGAACAAAUGAAUGAAGAAGAAGAGAGUCAGGCUUCAAAAAGGACCUCACCUGAACGGAAAAACAAACAUGAAGACUUUGGUCCUGAAUACAAACCAUCAAGGGAUCUGGAUGCUAAAAUUAAAGUAAAACCAAGCACUAGCAAACUGAGAGACGGCACUGAUUCUGAAAAUAAGGAUAGUACAAAGAAAGACCCUGUGGACCUUGUGUUGCAGACUUCUAAGAACUCUGUCCAGUCAAUUGAAAAAUCAACCAGUUACCACCACUCUGAGCCUAAAGAAGGCAGACUUAAGAAAAAUGAGAAAAAAGUUUCUGAUAUAACAAAUAAGCAUAGAUCCAGUAUGUCCACAAAACGAAAACCUGACUCUAUAAAAGAAGAUUUCAUUCAGAGUCGAGAUGUAGGGAGAAAAGACAAUCAAGGGAAGAAAAGGAAAGAAAAGGACAUUGAAAAUGAUGACUUUGAAGUGCCAUCCAUGUCCUUUGAGGAAUACUUGAGUUAUGAUCUCGAGGCCCCCAAGCGAAAGAAGAAAUCAUGUAAUGCAAAGGACCUGAAAGGUCUUAAACCUGACCAAAACGAGUUCGUCAAACAGCAUUCCUCAAGCAGGAAGUCAAGCAGUCCUGUAACAGAAGCACUACCUACAUUGGCCCCAAAGCCAAAUGUGAUGGACCUACUGAAGGUUCCUUUGCCUACAAUUUUACCAGAGGAUGAGGAUUUUUCUCAGCAUCGGGAUUUCAUGGAUAAGGGAGUUGAAGAGAAGACCGCAGAUGUUUGUGAAGCCCCUGUGUUUACUGGUCAGCGGAUGAAUAAAAAGAUGCUGGUGUACUCUGGAAGUAAGACUGCGUAUCUUCCCACCAUGAUGACGCUGUAUCAGCAAUGCAUCCGGACCUUACAGAACAACAUUGAUUUGCUGUAUGAAAUUGGAGGUGUUCCAUUUGAAAUUUUGGAGCCUGUGCUGGAGCGCUGUACGUCAGAGCAGUUGCUGCGAAUCGAAGAGUGCAAUCCUGUGUACAUAGGUGUGACUGAUCACCUGUGGGAGAAACACUGCCACAGGGAAUUCAGAAGCGCUCAGCUGGAGGAGUAUGAAUCCUGGAGGGAACUGUACCUCCGACUGUUCCAGGAACGAGAGCAAAAAUUCCAGCUGCUUACCAAGAGCAUCGUCUCUGCUCACUCUAGAAAACCCAGAGGAAGACAGGUGAAGAUGGCAUUUAUGCAUUCAGCUGCCAAGCCACCUAGAAACAUACGCAUUCAACAGGAAAUCCAUGGCACUGCCGGCCCUGUGCUCCCUAAUAACACGGACAAAUCCAGUGUGAAGAGUAAUGAAAAUAAGGGAAGACCAUGUGUCAAUGAGCCUGCUAUGCCCUCCAGCACCAGCUCAGGAUCCAGCCAGCCUCAAGAACCCAAAAAGAUCAAAAGAGUGGCACCCAUGAUGGCCAAGUCUUUAAAAGCCUUUAAGAAGCAGCUUGGACGCAGAUAAACAGAUUUUUGAUGACCAAUUAUUACACACCAAUGUGAACAACUGUAAGCUACUUUCAUUUUGUUAUAAAGCCUUAGCAGAUUGAAUCUGCAUUACUUUUCGUUUGGAUUAACUAAAUAUUUUUUGAUAUAGAAAGACCGGUAUGCACUUAUAAAUGAC